AUGACUGUUUCGUCCGAGGUCAAUAAAUGCAAUGGAGAUGACCGAGUUACGCAUAAUGAAGAUGGCGAACUCCUUAAUGACUUGACCGUGGAUACGGGCACAGAAUCGACAGAGAAGAGAGCAUUGUUGGACAAGUUAGGGGGCGAGAUUGACUCAAUUGAAGUGAAGGAGGGUGUCACCAGGUGUUGUUGCUCCUGUGGGGGACUGGUUGAAAACAGAUUCAGAGAGAAGUUCUGGCCAUUUCUGAUACUAGGCGACUCAGACAAGGAAGCCUUGACGAAAGACUAUGAAUCCCUGACCAAAGAGGAAAUCGAGAGACAUAAAGACUAUUACCAAGUCUACGUAGAUGUCAGUCGUUCGCUCAAACGCUUUCCUCCAAGUAUUCAGACGGAGGGAUCGGUUGUUGAGAAAUACAUGGACGACCUUAUUGAGGUUAUCUUGAAAAUCCUGGACACAGAUACUGAGCUUCACUAUUACCAGGGUUUUCACGAUGUGCUGGUGACAUUUCUCAUGGUGCUAGGAAAAGAACUGACUUUUGCUGUGGCUUGCAAGCUAGUGCAAUCACAUCUCAGGGUUUUCAUGUCAAAGACGAUGAAGGAGACCAACGAUGUGCUUUAUCUCAUGUAUGCUGUCUUCGAAAAGGAGGACAAAAAGCUGUUCGACUAUUUGAUGAGCGCUGAGCUGGGCACGAUUUUCGCUUUGCCCUGGGUGAUAACGUGGUUUUCGCACAGCCUCAAUGACCUUCCUCUGGUGCUGAGACUCUUCGACCUGUUCAUUGCAUCUGACCAUCUGCUGCCUGUUUACUUGUCUGCUGCAGUUGUGCUGCACAUGAGAGAUUCAGUAUUGGACUGCGAAUGUGAGAUGCCGAUGAUCCACAAGUUGCUCGGAGAUUCAAUCAACGACCCACAAAUGCCCUGGUCGAAACUGAUUGACAGUUCCAUGCACCUCAUGCAGACAUACCCUCCACAGAAGAUCGCCAAGAGAGCCAAACUCAUCCAAGACAUCAGUGCGCCGAAACCUAGAGCGAGACAUCAACAACAGAAAAAUUCGGGUUCGACCUUAGUGUCGAAGUACCAUUCGGUGUUUAACUUCGUCUUCUCAUUCGUGCGAGAAAGACCACUUUUCACAGUGGCAGUGGCAACCUCAUUAGUGCUGGCCUACUUCUUCAACUACUACAGGUUCAAAAGUGGAUCUUAA